UUUCCAAAACCAAAGUACAUUCAUUCAGCUCUUAAAGAGAGUCAGUUUGUGGGAAAUUCUACCAACUCCCUCUUUUCUGCGACAGCUGGCAGCAUAAGAGUCUUGUCGUUCUGCUAAACAGAAAGAAGGAAGCAAACAUGAGCAAUGUAUAUGAUGUGAUUGUCAUCGGUGGGGGUAUUUCAGGUCUGUCAUCUGCUAAACUUCUGGCUGAAAAUGGGCUCAACGUUGUGGUAUUGGAGGCUCAAGACAGAGUUGGUGGAAGAACCCACACAAUACGGAAUAAAACUGUUAGUUACGUUGAUGUUGGAGGAUCAUACGUGGGACCGACCCAAAAUCACAUAUUACGGAUGGCAAAGGAAUUAGGUGUUCAGACAUAUAAAGUAAAUACCAAUGGACGCCUUGUUGAACAUGCUAAGGGCAAAUCUUACACAUUUUAUGGAGCCUUACCACCAGUAUAUAAUCCACUGGUUUUGCUGGAUUUAAACAACCUAAUUAGAACAAUGGAUAACUGGGGCAAAGAGAUUCCUGCAGAUGCUCCUUGGAAGGCGCCUCGUGCUGCUGAGUGGGACAAAAUGACUAUGAAGGAAUUUAUUGAUAAAACAUGUUAUACAAGUGCAACAAAACGUUUUGCAGAACUUUUUGUGAAUCUGGUUGUCACUGCAGAGACGCAUCAGAUUUCCGCACUCUGGUUUCUAUGGUAUAUCAAAAUUUGUGAUGGAACAGCAAGAGUUUUUUCAACAGAAAAUGGAGGGCAGGAGAGAAAAUUUGUGGGAGGAUCUGGCCAGAUAAGUGAGAAAAUGCAUGAACGACUGCAAGAUCGGGUGAAGUUACAAAAACCCGUAGUAAGAAUUGAUCAGUCUGGAGACAAUGUCAUUGUGGAAACUCUAAACCAUGAAAUCUUUGAGGGCAAGUACGUUAUUAGUGCAAUACCACCACCUCUAACCACAAAGAUCCAUUUUACUCCAGAGCUGCCAGCAAUGAGAAAUCAGUUAAUCCAACGUAUUCCAAUGGGAUCUGUUAUCAAAUGUAUGGUGUAUUACAAAGAAGCCUUUUGGAGAAAAAUGGGUUUAUGUGGUUGCAUGAUAAUUGAAGAUGAUGAUACACCAAUUGGAUACACAUUAGAUGAUACUAAACCUGAUGGUUCUGUGCCUGCUAUUAUAGGCUUUAUUCUGGCAAGAAAAGCAACUUCAUUGGCAUUGCUUAGCAAAGAAGAAAGAAAAAGAAAAAUAUGUGAGUGUUAUGCCAAAGUGCUGGGCACUGAAGAAGCAUUGCAUCCAGUUCAUUACGAAGAGAAGGACUGGUGUAAGGAACAAUACUCUGGUGGAUGUUAUACUGCCUAUUUUCCACCGGGAAUUAUGACACAAUAUGGAAGUAUUAUUCGUAAACCUGUUGGGAAGAUAUUCUUUGCUGGAACCGAAACUGCUACUACAUGGAGUGGGUACAUGGAAGGAGCUGUGCAAGCUGGAGAAAGAGCUGCCAGAGAGAUAAUGUUCAAGCUGGGACUCAUUGCAGAAAAUGAAAUAUGGAAAAUUGAACCAGAAUCAGUGGAUGUUCCUGCUCUGCCAUUCCCUACAACAUUUUUGGAAAGAAUUCUGCCAUCUGCGCAAGGAGCAGUGAGAUUAUUUGGCCACUGCACCUUUCUUGCAGCGGUUGCUGCUAUCGGAAUCCUUUGUUACAAGAAAGGUUUUAUAACUAGAGCUUGACCUUGUCACAAUAAUACAUGUGUAGUUGCUCAAAAACAUUUUAUUUUACACUUAAACUGUAAAACAACAUUCUUUAACAAUCAUGCUGUUUGUCAAAUUCAAUUGUACAGAUAUUUUCAAUAAACAAUUCUGCAACCUUUUAA